AUGCCGUCCCUGCGUACCAUCGCGUCUUCGAUCUUUGCUCUGGCGCUCGUCAGUGUUCAUGGUGCUCAAGUCGGCGCGUGGACUCCGGCCAACGUGACUGAAGCGGACAACACGCUGCUGCUUUCGGCGGUGGGAGACGUGGGCUCUUACAGCUCCGGCGUCUCCACGUACCUCUGCGUCUACAAGGUCAACAGCCUCGAGACGCAAGCUGGGACGGCCGGCGGCGCCACCAACUACAACUUCAGCUUGACCGGUUGCAACGCGGGCGAGGAGUUCGUGGGCCGUUGCCCCGAUCUGACGAGCUUUCCUGGCUGUGGUAGCUACAACAUUGAGGUUUCAUCCGAGUCGAAG